GCCCCGAGCCCGGGGAUGUGUUGUCCGCCCCUACCUCCGGGGCUUCCUCCGGCCCGCAGAGGCGGGCACAGGCACGGACACGGACACAGACAUGGGCACGGACACGGGCGGGCUCGGUCUCCCGGGUUUCGCCCGCGUUCCUCGAAGGCAGGAGAGGUGGCCGCUGCGGGGGCUCCGGCGGCGGGGAGAGAAGGGCUAGAGCCGGGCUGCCCUGGCUCGCGUUCAGUGCCGGGCAGCGGCCGCUUCCCUAUGGGCAUCCAGCGCUCCCCCAGGCAGGAGAGGCACCAUCUCCGCUGUCCGCGCCGGGAGCUGGCGGCAGCGGGCGGGCAGAGGGCAUGCCCACCGGCUGUUCCAGCAGCAUCUACCCUCCAACUCCCACCAGGAAGACAAACGGAGGACAAUCUUGAAAUACAAAAAUUUCCUCCUUGGAAUUUGCUGCUGCUGCUGCUGUCUCCGCCGCCACUGCUGCUGCCGCGGUGCAGUGCCAAGACUCUCGGAAUAAAUAAAAGAGGGCUACAGUGUGUGUCUAGCUACAGCCGGCUAAUAGCUAUUUUAGUUGGCCGUAUAUUUCGAAGAUCACAGAUGAAGUGGGGACGCCUGUCUUCUUCGUUUGGUCAGCGUGUGAAACAAUAAUCCCCGUAACAAAAAGAAGGGAGAUGGGGGAGAAAAAAAAUCCUAACAUGAAUCAGAAGAAAUAGUAUCUAGCACCCCCCCUCCCCAGCCCCCCC